GAUAGAGCACAAUGAUAGAGCACAAGAGCUUUAGUCAAAAGCUUGUUUGCUUCAAGUGUAGACUUUGAAGCUAAGUGGCUUAGAGUUUUAAAAUUUAUUUUCGAUUAUUAUUAUUAUUAAUCUUGAAAUACAUAUGAGAAUAUAACGUUUGAAGUGCUGAUAGAUAAAGGUAGAUUACAAUGUGAUUAAUUUUACAAACAUUCGCAUAUGUUAUGGUUGUUGCAGAACCCUCCCUUUGGACCGGGACAUUUUAAGCUACAAUCGAUGUCUCUCUUGCAACUUAAAGUCUUGUCCAAUGUGUCAUUGGGGCUUACAUACUCUAGACUUGCGGCGGCACUUUCAUCGCCUCCAGAACCUUCACAUAUCAAAACAAGUAAAGCAGAGCUCUCUAACCAUGGAAGCAGAAGGCACUAGAGAUAUAGUCAUCGUCGGAGCUGGAAUCUCCGGCCUUGCCACAGCCGUUGGGCUUCAUAGGCUUGGGAUCAGAAGCACAGUGCUUGAAUCUUCUGAGAAACUGAGAGCAACAGGAUUUGCACUAUCUACUUAUUUCAAUGCUUGGAAGGCCCUAGAAGCUCUUGGUAUCUCUCAGCAUCUUCGUGAUCUCCAUGAUCGUCUUCACGGAUGGAUGGUCGGACCAAUCUCUGCUGAAACUCCUCCUAAAGAGAUGUUAUUACCAGACUUUGAAGAAUAUGAGGUUCGAUGUGUACAUAGGAAGAUGUUGUUAGAGGCUCUAGCGAGUGAGUUACCUGAAGGGACCAUAAGGUUCUUAUCUAAGCUUGUUCAUAUUGAAUUUUCUGGUCGCUACAAGAUGGUUCAUCUCUCAGACGGGAGUGUUCUCAAAACCAAGGUCUUGGUAGGGUGUGAUGGAGUGAACUCAGUGGUAGCUAAGUGGCUAGGCUUCAAGAAUCCGGUUACAACUAACCGGUUAGCAAUUCGAGGGCUUGCGCAUUUCCCAACAGGCCAUGGAUUUGAGAAAAGGUUCUUUCAGUUUUAUGGCAAUGGUGUUCGUUCUGGUUUCGUCCCGUGCAAUCAUAACAGUGUCUACUGGUUCGUAACUCACACGUCUACUAAUUUAGCCGAGGAGACAAGUCCGGAAAAUAUCAAACAGUUUGUGUUGGACAUGAUUAGAGACUUACCUAAGAACAUCAAGAAUGUUGUGGAGACCACUGAUCUUGAUAACAUGGUGAUGUCCCGAUUGAAAUACCGACCUCCAUGGGAACUUCUUUGGGCAAACAUUGCGAAAGACAACGUAUGCGUGGCAGGGGAUGCACUUCACCCAAUGACUCCUGAUAUAGGACAAGGUGGUUGCUCAGCCAUGGAAGAUGGUGUUAUCCUUGCUCGUUGUCUUGGUGAAGCUAUAAAAUUUAAGAAUCUUAAAGGUGAAACAGAAGAUGAGAAGGAGAGUUAUAAGCGGAUUGAAGUAGGUUUGAAGAAGUAUGCGGGACAAAGGAAAUGGAGAAGCAUUGAACUUAUAAUGGCAUCAUAUAUUGUAGGUUUCAUACAACAAAGCAGAGGGAAGUGUAUGAACUUGUUCACAGACAUGUUCCUUAGGUCUUUCCUUUCUCGGUUGCGGCUGAAAAUGUCUCACUUUGAUUGUGGAAGCCUUAGUAUUGAUUCUAAAUAAAAUUUAAAGUGUCUAUUAGUCAAACUAGUCAAAUUUCAUAAGUAUUUUAUUAUGAACAGUUAUAUAAGAAGAUGUAUCAUGAAAAUAUCUUUUUAACAA